UUGCUGUGUUGGCUGAGUUCAGUAAUGGACUGCAGAAGCAGCAGCUCUUGGCUCUGAUUUGGUUCACGAACACUUUAUGAAUGCGUUUGUGCAGUUUGUCUCUGUUGUGGAGGAAUACCCUAAACUGCUGCCUUCACCGCUGAACAUAACAAAGAGAUGACUCAGCAGUGGCUUGGACAUAAAACAAUUGACAGAAGAUGAGACGUGCUCACUUUGUUGUUUGUAAUGGUUGCCAUUAUAGACAUGUAAAGCACACUGACGUGACUAACAAGCUGUAGUGGGUCAUGUUAUUUGUCCAUCAUCAUUACUAAAAUAUGUACAUAAUUGUCAUUUAGUUUUGCGUGGCUUACAGUAAAUAACCUGUGUUGACAAUGUCACUGGGUGAGCAGUCUCAAAAGUGGUUUCCAACCCAUGUCCAAGCCACUGUUCUUCAAGCAACUGGUUUACAGCCGAAGGGCAAGAAUGGCACCAAUGAUGCCUUCACUGUCAUCCAGCUGGGUAAAGAAAAGUACUCCACAUCUGUGGCAGAGAAAACACUCAACCCAGUCUGGAGAGAAGAGGCCUCUUUUGAAUUACCUGGUCUGCUUAUGGAAGGCAACCCUGAAGUAUAUGAACUCAUCCUUACGGUGAUGCAUCGGUCAUUAGUUGGAAUGGACAAGUUCUUGGGUCAAAGCUCCAUCAGCCUGAAUGAAAUUUUUGAUAACAAGGAGCGAAAGAAAACUGACUGGUAUGCCUUACAGUCCAAACCAGGAAAUAAAAGGAAAGAACGAGGCCGUAUCCAAGUGAGCAUCCAGUUCAUGAGGAACAACAUGACAGCCAGCAUGUUUGACCUUUCCAUGAAGGAAAAGCCUCGCUCACCUUUCUCCAAACUUAAGGACAAGAUGAAGGGUCGCAAACAUGAUGGCAGCUAUUCUGACACAUCUUCAGCCAUACUGCCUCGCUCUGCCAUGUGUGAUGUGGAGCCCAACCACCAGUCCUUCACCCCAGCGCCACAAACCAAGCCUGACACCAAGGCUAAGAGACCGCUUCUUGCUGGCACCCAUAAACUCUCUGCUGCUCAUUCCAUGUCGGAUCUCAUUGGCACCCACUUUCGUCCCAAACUGGACUCCAUGAACUCCAUAGAGGAGAGGGGGAGCACAGCCGGCCCUCAUAGGCGGUCCCAGAGCGAGGUGCCAGGCUUCCAGGAUGGUGAGGCGCAGGACGACCCUUUCACUGAUAUCAGUGACACCCUGCCACAGAAGUAUGCCACGCUUCCACGUAACCACAACCCUUUUCAGGGGGAUCAAGGGCAGCAGUGGGACCGGGCUGAGCGGAAAGAGAAAAAGGAGAAGGUCAGCCUACUGGAACGUGUGACAGGAAAGAAAGAAGGCCUCAAAAACAGCAAUGGGGGGCGUUUGGGCAGCUCUGGAGAUCUGCGCUCCCCAAACCCCUUCAGCAGUAACUCCCAAGGAGACACUAAUCCGUUCAGCUUCACCUACAAAACCAGUGAUAAAAAGUCAACAGGUAGUGGAAACAGCCAUGGUCAGAAGAGCAGAGAUAACCACGGCAAGAAAAAACAUUCCACAGCAGAAAGUGCAGCUGCUUACAACAACUUGUCCUUUGAGGAAGUUGUACAAGAACUCAUCAAACAGAAGGAGGUCGUGAAGAAGAAAGAUGCCCACAUCAGGGAGCUGGAAGACUACAUUGACAACCUGCUUGUGCGCGUCAUGGAGGAGACACCAAGUAUUCUACGGACACCUUAUGAGCCCAAAAAGAAGGCGGGUAAACUUCCUAAGAAACAGAAAUGAAGACAACCAGGACUAUUAGCUAAACAAUGAAGGUGUAGUGGUAGCAAUGUUUUAAGAAUUGAUGGUAACGAGUUGCGAACAAAUAGCUCAAUAAUCAAAGUUUAUAAUAUAUUUCUUUAUCAUUUGUAUUCAUUGUAGUUUUUCUAGGUGCUCCUAAGUCUUACCUGUUUAUUUCCAUCUUCACUUUGUGCCUUUUUUUUCUUUGGUAAUACUUUUUAGGUACUUAAUAGAAUUAGAGAUUUUUAUCAGUUAGUCAAAUCGGUAUUUCUCACAAAGAUUAGGUUUACAUUUAUUUGAUGCACUUGUAAGCCUGCAGAGGUCUGCUGCACAUAUACCUGCCAUCUUUUUUCUUUUAUUAAGGUACAAGCCAAAUCCCUGUUUACCACAUGUUGUAGUAGCAGUUGUGCGAUGUUUGCUCAAAGAUGCCAGUGUUCAAGUGUUUGAUAAGAUGAAGCUGUAUUUGCUGUUUACACACAAGCACAAGUCUUCAAAUUGUCACUCAUCAUUCAGUACACAUUUGCUGGCAGCUUCAUCCAGAGCACCUCUGCUGUGGAUGUGGAUGAUCCCUGUCCAACACAUCAGUGUUUCUUCGGUAUUCUUAAGGCCGGCAUAUACUACAGUAAUGCUUCACCUCCAACGCAGUGAAAACAGUUAUUAUCAGAGCUCCAGACUAACUUUAUUGAGUAGGAGCACUGCAGCCCCUCACUGAAAACUUCAGUAGCACAUUUAAAAAAAUUUAGGGGCAUAAUAAAUUCACAUUUUCCCCACCUUAACUGUAUUACUGUUAAAUGGUUUGGGAGUAAAUCAACUCCCUCCACCAUUUCUGUUGGAAACAUUUCUUUAGGUCAUCUAGUCCUAAUGUCAUGAUGACCUAAUUCCAUCAUGAGGCGUCUGUCCACAUUUUAUGCA